AUGGAAAUUGUAAAUCCGAUGCCUGAAAAUUCCAUAUUUGAAGAAUCAACUAAGACACCUUACACACUUGUACGGUUGAAGCGUAAACGUAAUGCUGAGCCUUUGGACGCGCUUGUUGUCCAGCAACAACUUGUAAAGAAACCAAAGCGGCAGGGAAGUCUUCAAAAUGAUGUGAAACCGAUCGAGGAACAAAAAAUGGAGGAAGAUUCGUCGUUACCUUUCGUUUUUCGAUUUGCGGAGACAGUUGAUGAGAUUAGCUUCAAUGAUUCAACAAAGUCACAGCAAUUGAAGGAUCGCAUUGCAAAAUUAAUCAAUCGCAGAGAUAAGGUGCGACUGAAAGAGCGAAGCAGAAAACAGACUCGUGAUCAGCAAAUUGCUAUGUUCAAUGAGAAUACGAGAAAAGAAAGAUAUAAAGUGAUUGAUAGAAAUAGGAAAAGUGGUAGCCUUCCCCAUUUCUCAAGCGUUGAAGAUGAAGAAAAUGCAACAGAUGAAAUGUUCAAGAUGUAUGACGCUGUCAAAGAAGAAAUACCAAUUGCGCCAAAGUUGGUUGCUCUUUUUUUGAUUGUCCAAGAGAACAUAGAUAAAGAAAAUACUGCCGAAUCCGAUGAUGAUUAUGUAUAUGAUGUAUACUAUCGUGAUGAUUCAAUGGCAUUUGAUGAUAAGCCUGAAUAUCAGAAUUAUGCUUCAUUAACUUGGUUCAAUGACGGUGAUAAUAGAAUUUUUGUGAAAGAAACAACAGAAAAAGAUGAAUAUGUAUAUUCCGAUGAAGAAGAUUCAAAUGCUGAAGAUUACUAUACACAUGACUAUCCUGAUGAAGAAGAGGUUUGGAGUGAACAAG